GAGGAACCAUUGGUCUUCGCCAGUCGCCGCGAUCCGCGGGCGGGGAAAAGAGGACGCGCGCUGCUUCCGCGCCCAUCUCCGCUUGACCGAUUCCCAGCCAUGGAAACUCCCCGAGCGGCCCGCGCGAUCCUCUUUCUUCUUUCCUCUUUGCGUUUCCCGCGCUAGCCGAGCUCGUUCGAUCCCUCUCCGGAGCCUCCAGCAGACGCGGACGAACGUGCGCACGGGAUGGCGAGCAUCUUCUGGGGCGGCGCCCAGGCCGACGAGGUGGCCGACUUCGACGAGCACGACCCCACCCCCUACGGCGGCGGCUAUGACAUCACCCUCACCUUCGGCCGCGCCCUCCCGCCCUCCGACGAGAUUUGCUACCCCAUCUCCACCGCCUCCACCUCGUCGUCAUCGUAUGAGAGCCACGGCGCGGCCGAGCAGCACCGCAGGAGGCCGCAGGACCAGGACAGCCACGGCUCCGCGGGGUACGGGAGGAGGCCGGAGGAGUCACACGGCUCCGCUGCUGGUUACGGGCACGGGAGGAAGGCUCACGACGACGACGACGACGACGGUGGUGCGUACCGGAAGCCGAAGCCGUCCCACGGCGACGACGACCGGCCCAGCUACGGCCGCAAGAAGAACGACGACGACGACGACGACGAGAGGCGGUCGCGGUACAAAAAGCGCGACGACGACGACGAUGAUGAGAGGAAGCCGCGGUACAAGAAGCACGACGACGACGAUGAUGACCACGAGAGGAGGCCGCGGUACAAGAAACGUGACGACGACGACGAUGAUGACGAUGACAGAAAGCCACGUUACAAGAAGCGCUACGACGACGACGACGAUGAUGAUAGGAAGCCACGUUACAAGAAGCACGAUGAUGAUGAUGACGACGACGAUGAUAGGAAGCAGCGUCGCGGGAACAACCGCCGCCGCCACGAUGACGAUGACUGAUUAUGACAUGAGUUUAAGCUGACGCUAAUAAGCAUAGUUGCGGCGGCUUUGCAUCGAUGAAUUACGACAUUUCACUUUUUUUCCAAGCAUUUUUCAUUUCGCUGUUCACUGGCCACCAUGCUUCCAAUCGUAUGCUCGAGCUUCUCUUGGAAUAAAAUGUGCAGUACGUUUGACCU